AUGCACCCCCGCAAGGAGGCGCUGUGCCGCGUGUGCGGCGACAAGGCGUCCGGCAAGCACUACGGCGUGCCGAGCUGCGACGGCUGCAGGGGCUUCUUCAAGCGCAGCAUCCGCCGGAACCUGGCCUACGUGUGCAAGGAGGGCGGCAGCUGCACCGUGGACGUGAGCCGGCGCAACCAGUGCCAGGCCUGCCGCUUCCGGAAGUGCCUCGAGGUCAACAUGAAGAAGGACGCGGUGCAGCACGAGCGCGCGCCGCGCGGCCUGGGGGCCAGCCUGGGGGCGGGCCUGGGUACGGCGUCCGCCGGGGGCGGCGCGGGGGGCGACAUGCACGCCACCGUCAUCCUGUACCCGCCGCCAUCGCCCUUCAAGCCGGGCAUCUUCGACGGCCACACGUUCGGCCUGCCCCUCGCCUUCCAGCCGUUCUCACCCACCACGCCCACCGCCGCACCGGGCCCCAGCAGCAGCCCCGGGACCGCGAGGUCGCCGUUGAAGCGCGAGAAGGAGGACGAGGUGACGAGCUCCGAGGAGGCGCGCAGCCAGCCGUCGCCGGGCAGCCUGGCCGCCAACGACAACGUGUACGAGUCCGCCGCCAAGAUCCUGUUCCUGGCAGUCAAGUGGGCGCGGAGUAUCCCCGCCUUCCUGCAGCUCUCGGGGGCCGACCAGUCCGUGCUGCUGGAGGAGGGCUGGCCCGACCUCUUCGUGCUCAGCGCGGCGCAGUGGCAGCUGCCCGUCCACCACGAGUCCUUGGUGGCGGGCGCCGUGUCCCCGCCGUCGCGGCGGUCCGCCCUGGCCGAGGACGCCCGCCGCCUGGAGGAGGCCGUGGCGCGCUUCAUCGUGCUGAGGGUCGACCACACGGAGUACGCCUGCCUCAAGGCCCUGGUGCUGUUCAAAGCCGAGGCGCGCGGCCUGAGCGACGGCCUGCAGGUGGAGGCGCUGGCCGACCAGACCCACGCCAUGAUGUCGGAGUACUGCUCGGUGCGCGGCCGCGCGCGCCUGGGCCGCCUGUUGCUGCUGCUGCCCGCCGUGCGCGCCCUCAGCUCCAGGUCGCUGCAGGAGCUCUUCUUCCGACAGACGGUGGGCGACGUGCCCAUCGAGCGCCUCCUGGGCGACAUGCUCAACAGCCCCUGAGCCCCGAGGACGCCGACGACGACGAUACCCCGUGAAUCACCUGGCGGCGAUACUCUGCUGCGCCGCAGGGAAGACAGAGACAAAAAGGACUAGCUUCUCAGUCUCCGCGGCGUAUCCAUGACCUUCCUUCAGCUGGUGCUCAGCAGCGAGGAUUCUGCCACACUGCCACUGACUAAAAUUAUGUGCAAUUGAGUGUUAAAGUAGUGAGUUUCCCAUUGAUUUCAGCCAUGCUAUUUGCCUGCUCACAGGCGUUUGUCUCAGAAAUUGCCUACAUACAGGCGUUUUCAGCUAAAAUCUAAGUGAGUGUGAGCUGUGUGUGCAGGCCGGGUGCGCACAAUGAGUGCAAGAAGUGGCAGACCCCUUGUCAGCAGAGUGUUACGCUGCGAACCUGUGUAAUUUGUCUGGGUCGAGUGUAUUAUGCAUUUAUGUCGUUUCAUUUUAGCCUUGGUAACGAUUGUAAAAAAAAAAUCAUGUAUAAAGUGUACAAACAGAAACCGAAGCAAUACAAUGUUCUUGACUGUU